AUCAUGCAAUAAAUUCUUAUUAUGCCUGCGCCUUUGUCUGUGCUUGCAAGAAUGCUACGAGUACUACUGCUAGCGGUGACAACGCUUGAUUAGAGUCUACUUUGUCUUGAGUAGAUAGUUUUGCACGUCUGUGUUCUGUGUUGUUAGGGUCCGGUGAAUGCCCCGGGUUUCUUGUGGUCCGCCCGCCUGUUGUCUUGCCCAACUGCUGGUACAUAUACAGAAACGUUGAAACGUCUCUCCUGGAACUUGCUGACUCUCCUGUUCUCUGAUGCACGGGGUGGUGGUCACCAAAACCAGUCAAGAACACAAUGUCAAGUGUCGCACGUCAUGCCUGGAGCCGAGCAGCGCUUGAAGCGGCUCAUCUGCACUCCCAGCGCAUCUCCCACCAUGUCAGGGCAGGAGCCUUGCCUCUCACAAUGUGGUCAGCCUCCUGGCUCUUGAGCGAGCUGGAGAUGGUGCGGGCUUUCAGAAGUUGUGCAUCAGGUGUUAGAAACAAGAGAGGGAGCGAAGCGGAAGUGGAAAGUGCGCAGGGGGCGGCCGUGCUGGAUGCGGGGGCAACAGUCACUGACAAGCGGACGAGGCCCUUCCUCCGCAAACGGAGGCUCGAUGAGGUGUGCUGCGAGCGCUUCCCACAGUAUAGCAGGAACGUCAUUCAGUCCUGGAUAUUGCAAGGAAAGGUGCUGGUAGAUGGACAUCCUGUCACUAAGGCAGGCGCCCAAGUGAAGGAAGAUAGGAACAUCAUUCUGAACGCAGAGCAGCCCAAGUUUGUCUGCCGGGCAGGCUACAAGCUGGAGGGCGCCUUGGAUCACUUCCAAAUCGACGUCACCGGAAAAGUUGCUCUUGACUCGGGGCUCUCUACUGGAGGCUUCACGGACCUGCUUCUACAACGGGGAGCUACGAAAGUGUACGGGGUUGAUGUCGGGUAUGGCCAGGUAGCGGAGAAAAUUCGGCAGGACGAACGCGUUGUGAUCAUGGAGCGCACCAAUUUGCGGUACCUUGAGGGGCUGCCCGAGCCGGUGGAUCUCGUCACGCUCGACCUCUCCUUCAUAUCCAUCCUCCUUGUCAUGCCGGCGGUGGUGGCGUGUAUGAAACCGGAGAGCAUGCUCAUCACUCUCAUCAAGCCGCAGUUUGAAGCGGGUCGCUCACAGGUCGGGAGUGGUGGCAUCGUGCGAGAUCCGGCUGUGCACCAGGACGUUCUGUGCAGGAUUAUAGCGGGGGUGAAAGCCUUUGGUUUCGAGUGCAUCGGUCACAUACAAUCCCCGAUCAAAGGGACCGAGGGGAACGUGGAGUUUCUCGGCGUCUUUCGGAGGCAGUGUCCGCCUCAUAGCGGCAUCUUACAAGAGGCUGCAGAUGCUGGCGUUGCAAAGGCCCCCGUUAAGCUUCGAGAUGACCGGACGCAAGGUUGACUGAUGUACGGUACGGGUUUAAGCCACCAUUAAGUACUGCCA